UUGUAAUUUGAUCUCUGAGAAUAACGUGGUGGACAUGGAGAUGACAAAUAGUUUGGGGCCUGUGUGUAGGCAGAACCUGCUUUCCCACUCAGGAAACUCAUUUGCCCGAGAGCACCUGUUGCCGUGUGAAAGACUCCUCCAAGUUAGUCAGCUCAACAUGUCUUGCGCAGAUACCAGGCCUCUCCAAUUCCAAGAGUCGGCAGAUUCUACCACUCCGUGCAUGAAUGGAAGUCACACUACUCAGCAUAUAAAACAGGAGUGCUUGGGUGAUUAUAAGGGCGUAUCUGAGAUUUCUGCACACAGAAGGAUUACUGACGGAAUGGAACUGAAAGGCUCAGGCGGCCUUCAUCUUGAAGUUGACCACAAUAGCCUUACCAAUUCACUUUCAUCGCAAUUGUUUAAUAAUGAACAUAGCCCCUCCCUGGGCUCCUUGUCACUCAACAGCCCUCACCAUUCAAGUCGACAACAGGCAAGUAACCUGAAGAAGAGAUGCAUCUCUGUGCUGCCAUCUUCUGCUGAUGGGAUUGAUAUUACAACUAUCAUCCGCACAUCCCAGACCUCGCUGGUUACCUGUGUGAAUGGACUGUGGACUAAUUCAGCUGGUGUUUCCUCUUCUCCUAGAGAGAUCACUCUUCAUAGUGCUCAGAAACCCUCUCACCCCCAGUCCUGCUCGCAAUCUGGGAACCACUGCCACAUUCCUUCCCCUUCAGUAUGCCUUGUCCCUGUUUCCACUGAAACUAUCCGAGGGGACUGUGACCAUUCCCCAAUGCAGCACACAGGAGAAAAUGCAAGCUUCUGCUUUAUAAUGAAUACUGCUUCUGCUCCUCAGCCAGAUAUUUUACACAGCAAACAGAAGUUGAAUUUCUUAAAACAAGAACCACUUGAUGAAUAUACUUCUGCCUCCAGUCUUUUUCAGCAUCACCAAGAGCUGCCACCACCUUAUCAUUUACAUGACCAGCAAAACCACAUUCAAGGGGCACUAACGCAUUUACAGGCCUCUAUGUCUCCAAAGUCUCUUCAGAUGAGUGAAGGUGAUGAGCAGGAGGCCAGCAGGGGUAAGCAGAUCUGUCGAUGGAUUGAUUGUAGUGCUGUGUAUGAUCAGCAAGAUGAAUUGGUUCGGCACAUAGAAAAGACUCAUAUUGAUCAAAGGAAAGGAGAAGACUUCACUUGCUUCUGGACAGGCUGUGUUCGUCGGUAUAAACCUUUCAAUGCUCGUUACAAGUUGCUAAUCCAUAUGAGAGUUCAUUCAGGAGAAAAACCAAACAAGUGUAUGUUUGAAGGAUGUAACAAAGCAUUUUCUCGGCUUGAAAAUCUUAAGAUCCACCUACGAAGUCAUACGGGUGAGAAGCCUUAUCUUUGUCAGCAUCCUGGCUGCCAGAAAGCUUUCAGCAACUCUAGCGACCGGGCUAAGCAUCAGCGAACCCACCUGGAUACUAAGCCGUAUGCUUGCCAGAUUCCUGGAUGCUCUAAACGUUACACUGACCCAAGUUCCCUUAGAAAACAUGUGAAGGCUCAUUCUGCCAAAGAACAACAGGUGCGUAAGAAGAUACAUUUCUAUUCUGAUGCUGAACAAGAAAUAUUAAGUGAAUGCUUAACUAUGCAGCAGCUUCAUCCUUCUUCACAACACAUUUUGGAUGGGAAGUGUGGGAGAUCAAUGAGCCAUCAUGGCCUCAUUACAGGAAUGUAUACUAGUUCCAGCACAAACCACAAUGGACUAUCAACUGGUCUUCUACCACAGCAUCAGAAUGUUCUGUCAAGGCAACAUAUACUUGAGUCAUCUCUCACUAAUGCACAUCAUCAUGUAUCAUCCAUAGAAAGUGACGGAAAAGGGAUAGUCCCAAAUGCUCUUGCGAGUCCACUGAAAGCUGUAGUUGCUCCUUCCCUCCUUCAGAAACACAGCUCAUCACCAUCACAUAGCCAGUCUCCAAACGGGCAUCAUUUCUCAACAAAUAAAUUAUAUGUGCCGUUUCCAAACCAAUCUACACAGCAGGGGCCACAAGGUUACCAAGGUAGCUUUCACUCUAUACAAAAUUGCUUCCACUACGGAGAUUGCUACAGAACAAUGGACUCAUCUUUCAGUAAUGAUGUGCUAUCAGGGGAAUCUCAUUGCUGUAACCCUCUGCGACAAAAUGGAUAUCACAUAAUCAGUGCACCUGUAGCUUCAACAGGCUAUGAAGCCAUUUCUGAAGCAGAGUGCAUAUCAGAAGAAGUUAUCAAUGGAACUGAAGAGAAUAAUGGAUUUUUCCAAAAUGGCACUUUUGAUCACUGUUUAAAUCACAUUCCUCCCAUCUAUACAGAUACAUAAGUCUUAUCUUAAAUUGUUACUUUGUCUACCAUACUUAUAAUGCUUUUUGUA